CCGUGAAGGUAUCGGAAUGCAUCCAGUCAGCGCGCGCCGUCAGUUGUAAAAUCAUGUAAAGAUGGCGGAGCUACAAAUGCUGCUGGAGGAGGAGAUUCCUGCGGGACGGAGGUCUUUACUGGACAGUUUCACCAACCUGGAGAGAGUAGCGGAGUACUGCGAGAGCAACUAUGUCCAGUCAGCAGACAAAGAGCAAGCGCUGGAGGAGACCAAGAGCUACACCACCCAGUCUCUGGCCAGCGUGGCCUACCUCAUCAACACGCUCGCCAACAACGUGCUGCAGAUGCUCGACAUCCAGGCCUCGCAGCUCCGUCGCAUGGAGAGCUCCGUCAACCACAUCUCACAGACGGUGGACAUCCACAAAGAGAAGGUGGCGAGGAGAGAGAUUGGCAUCCUCACCACCAACAAGAACACGACACGCUCUCAUAAGAUCGUAGCCCCGUCCAAUCCGGAGAGACCAGUCCGCUACAUCAGGAAACCCAUCGACUACGGCGUGCUGGACGACAUCGGACAUGGAGUCAAGUGGUUGUUGAGGUUCAAGGUGAACGGGCAGCAGAGCAUGAAGCUCGGAGGAAGUCUCUCCAGGUCCAACCCCCCCACACAGAAACCACCAAGCCCUCCGAGGGCCGGCAAGGGCAUCUUAGGGAAGAACUCCCCCUACAGGACACUGGAGCCGGUGCGCCCUCCAGUGGUGCCUAAUGACUACGUCUCCAGCCCCACCCGAAACAACACGGCUGUAGGACAGCUUCCCAGUCCGGUCCGUACUGCCACCUUAAACCACCGACCCAGAACUUACAGUGGUAGCAGUGGGGGCAGUCACCCCAGCAGCAGCAGUCGAAGCAGCAGCAGAGAGAACAGCGGCAGCGGCUGUGUGGGCAUUCCCAUGGCUGUGCCAACACCCUCACCGCCCUCCACCUUCCCAGUUUCCCCAACUACUGGACCUGCAAGCUCCUCCUCCACAGCUCCUAACUCCUCCCCCUCCCCUUCACCGACCCCUUCCUCCUUCUCCUCCUCCUCCUCCACUACCACCCUGACACACCCAAAUGCCCCUCUGCCUCCAAGCUCCCCCUCACAGCACACUGACUCCUCCCGUCCACCCAACUCACAACCACCAACAAAUGCAUCCGCCGACGCCUCCCUGCCUUCUAACCCUGUCCCCAGCACGGCCGAGGUCCAAUCGGGUGCUUUGCCUGCAGAACUAUCUCCCCUCCUUCCUCCUGCCCCUCCUUCUCCACUGUCCUCCUCCUCCUCCUCACCACCACCUGCUGAAGGUCCCAUUGUCCCUCAGUUCUUCAGUAUGAACAGGCCUCAGCCCCGACAGCAGACUCCUCAGGUGGGCGGGUCCCUGCCGUACCGUCGACCCCCCUCUGUGACCGGCCAGCCAGUCCCAGCAGAGGACCAAGUCAACGGAGGUCCGUACUACAACCAGAGCCCAGCAUCCCCUCCGCCCCCCUCUAUCCUACAGUUCACUCCUCAGCUCCCUCUGAUGGGAUUCGUUGCUCGAGUUCAAGAGUCCAUCUCAGACUCCUCUCCUCCUUUUACUCUUCCUCAAUCUGCUCCUGCUGAGAGCCAAUCAGCGCCCGAGGAGACCCCGACCACUCCUCAGCCUCCGGAGGACGGACACGAGGAGGAGGACUCGGCUGUGGUGGAGUACAACGACCCGUAUGCUGAAGAAGACCCUCCAUGGGCGCCCAGGAGCUACCUGGAGAAAGUGGUGGCCAUCUAUGACUACACAGCCGACAAAGAGGACGAGCUGUCCUUCCAGGAAGGAUCGAUCAUCUAUGUCAUCAAGAAGAACGAGGACGGCUGGUAUGAAGGAGUGAUGAACUCCACCACCGGCCUCUUCCCCGGGAACUACGUGGAGUCCAUCAUGCACUACGCAGACUAAGCAUCGUCUUUGUGUCUGACACGUCGUCUCUCCUGCGGUUCAGGUUCAGAUCUGAACCUGGAGGGGAACAUCUACGAGGCUCUGUUUUUAUUUAGGUUUACACUAACAGAUCACGAGCAGGUCAGAGGAAAGAAAUCACUGAUGUUAAAGACUGUGUUCUGCUCUCUGAGCUGUUUAUCCAGAAGGCCUUGCUUCUUUUCACCAAACACUGCAGAUAAAGCACAGAGUGGCAUCUCAAAGGUGCCACACACACCUGAACCAGACAAACGUGUGCACUUUACAUUCCUCUUUUUCUGUAUCACAGUAACUUUAUUUCCGUGUCUUCAGAAACGACUUUACCUUUUUGAAUUCACAGAAUAUUUCCCCCUGACUCGUCUGAUUUCAGUCGUGACCGAGUUAGUAAAAUGUGAACACACAGAUUACGUUUGAUGACAUCACAAUGCAUUUAGUGUUGAUACCAUUUACUCCGUUUUUCUGCAGACCGUUCGUUCUUCUGGAGUGCAUUUCCGUUGCUGGAUCUAUUUUUGACGUUUGCACUGUUCCUGAAUCUGCAGCAUUGGAAUGAUUUGACCUGCUGCAGCCAAAGUCUCCCUCUGAUUUGAUCUUUGUCCUCUUUCUGGACUCCAAACAGAUAAGCUGUUUCCCCUGAAGUUAUGACUUGAGAUUAUCUAGCAGUAAAAAGAAAGGAAGCUAUACAAAAAGGCGCUUUGACAAUAAAAGCUAAAUACAGAGAUUCUUUUUAAGCCUGUCUUUGUUUUCAGCUCCUCCUUAACCUCUCCGCCUGAACUCUAACAAACUACAACUAAACUUUAUUCAUUUUUAGUCAAUUGAGAAACUAAACCAACAGAUGAUAACAUGAGAUCAAAUAUUUAAUCUUUAUUCACCUGUCUCCUUCCUGAAUCCUCAUCUCUGUGACCUUUGCCUUAAACAUGUGUAUUAUUUUCUUGAGAGCCUUAUUUUUGUUUAUCUGCUAAGGAAGUAAUAAGAAACGUUAAGAGGAAUGAUAGAGACACUAACAGUCAGAAAAGAUUUAGGCAAUAACACUUAAACACAGCGAAGGUUUGUGUUCACAUGUGAAGUUAAAGACGUCUCACAUUCUCAAUCAUUUGAGCCUCUGUGUGUUUUUAAAGAUUGAAAGCACAAGUUAUUGAAGCGUGAAAAGGACUGAAAAUCUUGAACACACCCUCGAAGUUUGGCUUCACCUUUGGGGAGCUGUCAUGUUGCUUGUCUCGGUCUGUGGUGGGUCCUCUGUUUUUUGUCUUCAUGCACACAGCUGACAAAUCUCUUCCCACAUUAUCGCAUUGAUCCACACGCUUUCUUUGCGAACCAACAUGUGCAGCAAUGCUUCAAUAAAAGCAGAGAAGAAGAACGAAGCAAAACAAAAAUCUGAACAGUUUUAUGUGGAAGGAAAUAUUUCUAAUAUUUGUUAGAAAUUAAAAAAUCUUCUGGUGAGGUGCAGAAGGUGCAGUUCACAAAGUUUGCUGCUCUAUUGAUGUUGAGGCACAAACACGGCCACACAGUUCUGCACCUUGCUGUUUUGUGUCUGAUUGUGGAGAUGAGCUGUCGGCAUCACCUCUCGCUGCUGCACAGAGCUGUGCUGCUCUCUCUCUUGCUCAGACCCGUCCACACGUUGAUAAGCUGAACGAGGAGGGGACACUUCCCACAGUUUAUUGAUUACAGACGCUACGUGAUGCACAUCUCACUUUUUAAAGAGUGUCUGUAAUGGCGUAAUGAGCUGUUGACAGCCCCGAUGUUUAUGAAACAUUAUCUUUAUUAAGAGCAUCACUUCCUCCAGCUUCAACAUGAAUCCACAGGAAGUAGUCCUCCGUCUGCUCUCGGAGCCCGUGUUAGUCAUUGUUGAAGUGGACCUGACCGAGCCGCCUUCAAGAGAGUUUGGACCUGUUGCCAGUGUUAAAGUUUACAGUGUGUUUGCUGCAUGCCUGACAUAUAACUGACAUUUUGAUUAUUCACAGUGGUUUUUUAUAUCUGUUUGAUUGUUUUUAUAGUUUCACCAUCACGAGCGCUGACUCUCUCUGAUCAGAUCAAACUUGUGGUGUUUCUCUUUGGGUGGAUUCUUGUGCCAUAUACGGAUGUGUCGUGGUGUGAAUGCAGGUGUGUGUUGAAGAGUGUGUACGGUGUGUGUGUGUGUGUGUGUGUGUGUGUGUGUGUGUGUGUGUGUCUGUGUCUGUGUCUGUGUCUGUGUGUGUGAGUUAACUAUGAACCAAACUUUCUUUAUUGACUCCUGUUGUGACUAUGGACCUGAAAAUAGUUUUCUUAUUGUACGGUGUUUAAAGGCGUUUUAACACAAAAACCAGACUGUGAUGAAUUCAUGAGGUUUAGAGAGAGAGCUGAGAAUAACAGCCUGAGCCUCAGGGACAUACACAAGAACUGAACACCGGAGCCUCUACGUUUUUCUUUGGCUCCACCCUGAAGUUCAGUUUUGCGACUUUGACUCUCAGCUGAUUGAUGGAUAGCAAUAGAACCUGGGUCACAGACGUUCUUGUUUCCCUCAGGAUUACCUGUGAUAACUCUGGUGACCUUCUAGCGCCAUCUUCAGGUCAAAAUGUUGCCACACUCUGGUUUUUGUUUUGCCUGCAGUUUCCCUUUAAACCACCCGACCUGAAUAAUGAAGUGAAGACUUUACAGACGAAUCUCUCGGACUGAUUUUACCAGAAAUCUGCUCCCUGUUUCCCCCUGCUAACAUUUGACUCCAGACUCCAUAUUUUCAAGUUUUAACAUCAGACAAAUGUAUAAAAUGUUUGAUUUUGAUUCUUUGUGGGGAAAAUAUGAAACAAAGACUUCAGCACAGAGUAUUUGGCUUUCUUGGUGAAUUUUUUUCACACUUACAGGUUUCUCCAUCUCAUUUUUGCAUGACUUAAUUUUUCCAACCUAAGUGAAAUCAACACAUUGAAGUCUGUCAGAUGUCAGAUUCUUCUUCUGGUUCUUUGGUUUCUCUCAGUCUGCAGAUCUGUCCUGGUAGAACGUGACGUCUGGAGACAAAGUGACUGAAAGUAUAUCCCUCUGUUUUUGUAAGAAAUCAAAAAGUGAAAGGUACUGAGUAAAUGUUUAAAGGUC